GGCUUUCUCCGGAUCCGUUAAACACUGUCUUCUAGCCGUCGCUCAUAUGUGUUGCCUCGAACUCCCGUCUUGCCUUCCAUUGGCCUGGGGCGCAUCUCGAGUUCCGGAGGAUCGACGACGUCGGCGGCCGCGGCCGCGAUCCCAGCCUCCAGUUUUGUGAUUCUGCACCGCCUGACGCUUUUCUAUUUCAUACUUCUGUGGUGAUGGAAGCCUGCCAGUUAAGAAAUUUGAUCUGACGUGGUGUCCUCCUCCCGAGACCACAAAUUUCCAGAAGCUUAUUGUGGAAGAAGAUUAAUCGUACUACCUUCGGAAUAUAAAAUGGAUCCUUUAAGAUCUUAUUUGGGGAGACUGCUACAGGAAGAGAUUACUCCAGUGAUUAUGGUCCUUUCAACUCCGCUUGUUGAAGAUGCUUGCCAAAAGAAUGGACUAAAUUUUAUCGAGUUGCUUCUUCCGUUCUCUGUGUUCAACAAAAUUAAUGUACCUGUUCGUACUGCAAGUGAUCAACCUUAUAGGCUACAGAUGUUCAAGCUGCGACUGGCUUAUGCCUCUGACAUACACCUGCAAAAUUAUGAGGCUGCAGAAGAGCAUUUGAAGAAGGUGGUUCUUGAUGCCAGCCAAAAGACCCUCACUGAUUUGAUUUCUGAGCCACCACAACUGGAAAACUUGCUCAAGAAUUCAGAAUCAGAUUUAUGCCCAUCAUGGAUAGAGACGUUCAAUAAAGAGCUUAUUCGAACACUAUCUUUUUCAGAGCAUGAAACUUUUGACCACCCUGUGGCAUGUCUACUUGUGGUGUCAUCAAAAGAUGAACAGCCUAUCAAUAGAUUUGUUGAUAUUUUGAAUACCAAUCAAUUACCAUCCCUUCUGAGUGAUGGUGUAAUGGACCCAAAGGUUUUGAAGCAUUAUCUACUCUUACAUGAUAACCAAGAUGGCUCACCAGAGAAGAUAACGAGCAUUUUAGCAGAAAUGAGGAAUACCUAUGGCUCAAAUUGCAAAUUGAUGUGUAUUAAUUCUGCUCAGAGUGCGAACGGCAACGGGAAAGAUAUUCAAUGGAUGCCUUAUGGAAGUCAUGUGUUGCGUAAUGAUGAUAUUGCUUGCUUCCUUAGCACUGAUGAUAUUAAUGCGGUUAGGGACUUCAUGCUAGAUCUCUCUUCUAAUUAUGUUAUUCCUCACGUGGAGCAAAAGAUACGCAUCCUCAAUCAGCAGGUCGCUGCAACGAGGAAAGGAUUUAGAAAUCAGAUAAAAAACUUAUGGUGGAGAAAAGGGAAAGAGGAUACACCUGAAACUGCUAAUGGUCCUAUUUAUACUUUUAGCUCUAUUGAGUCUCAGAUAAGAGUUCUUGCUGACUAUGCCUUUAUGUUACGGGACUAUGAACUUGCCUUGUCAAAUUAUCGCUUACUCUCUACCGACUACAAGCUCGAUAAAGCUUGGAAGCGUUACGCCGGUGUGCAGGAAAUGACUGGCCUUUGCUACUUUAUGCUGGAUCAAUCAAGAAAGGAUUCCGAGUAUUGUAUGGAAAGUGCCUUUACUACAUACUUGAAAAUUGGGUCAUCUAGUCAGCGAAAUGCUUCAAGGUGUGGGCUGUGGUGGGCAGAAAUGCUCAAAGCGAGGGGCCAGUUUAAGGAUGCAGCAAAUAUUUAUUUCCGCAUAUCUAAUGAGGAACCUUCUUUGCUUGCAGCUGUAAUGCUUGAACAGGCAUCAUACUGCUAUUUGCUAUCGAGCCCUCCAAUGUUACGCAAGUAUGGUUUUCAUCUUGUUCUGGCUGGUAAUCGUUACUACAUGUCUGAUCAGAGACAUCAUGCAAUUCGGGCUUACAGGAAUGCACUUUUUGUUUAUAAACGAAAUGGUUGGACUUAUAUCUCUGAUCAUGUUCACUAUAAUGUUGGAAGGUGGUAUUCUUUUAUUGGGAUUCUUGAUGUAGCUGUCAAACACAUGCUGGAGGUUUUAGCAUGCAGCCAUCAGUCCUUGGCAACACAAAAUAUGUUCCUUAAUGAUUUUUUUCAUAUUGUUCAGAGCAUGGGAAAGAAAUUUGAGGUUUACAAACUUCGACUUCCUGUUAUCAACAUGGCCUCGCUCAAAGUUCUCUAUGAAGAUUUUCGAACAUAUGCAUCUCCUUCAGAUGUCCAUGUAAGUGAAAGUUUGUGGCAGUCUUUGGAAGAAGAACUGGUUCCUUCAGCAUCCACUGGUAGAUCCAACUGGCUGGAUUCACAAAUAAAAUCCUCUUCAAAAAGAAACGAUGAGUCACCUGUAUGUGUGGCAGGAGAAUCUGUUGUAGUGGAUCUUGAGUUCAUAAACCCUCUUCAGGUUUCAAUUUCUGUUUCUGAAAUCUCUCUUAUCUGUGAGCUCAUGGCAAAAUCUAAGGAACCAGACACUGGUAGUGCAUCACAUACAGCACCUGAGGAGGAUUCAGAGUUAAAAGACUCUCCUAGUUGUAGGGAUUCAAACUGUGAUGGCUCCUCCUUUACAUUAUCAAAGCUUGAUGUUGUUUUAGGAGGAGGUGAGACUAAGAGGAUACAAUUAGAAGUUAGUCCAAAGAUCGAAGGCUUACUGAAAAUUAGUGGAGUGAGAUGGACUCUGUCAGAUAUUGUGGUUGGUUAUCAGUACUUUGAGUUUGAUUCGAAGAACAAAGAGAAGAAAGGGAGAAGAGCUAGGCGUUCUUUAAGCCAUAACCUGAGUUUUAUUGUGAUUAAGGGCCUACCAAAACUUGAUGCAUGUAUUCAGCACCUACCAAAGAAAGUAUUUGUUGGUGAUUUAAGGCUUCUAUUGCUUGAGCUUCAUAACCAAUCAGAAUUUUCUGUAAAGAAUAUUAAAAUGAAGAUCAGUCAUCCAAGAUAUCUCAUUCCUGGGAAUAUGGAAGAUCUAGAAAUGGAUUUCCCUGAGUGCCUUGAAAAGCAGAAGAGUUCUGGGAGUAAGGAGACACCAGCAAAUGUUAUGCUGAAGUUUAAGAACCUUUUGUUUUCAUUUCCAGAUGAUGCCACAAUUCAAGGUGGAACUAAUUUCACAUGGCCUCUUUGGUUUCAUGCUGGUCUUAGUGGAAGGAUUUCUUUGUACAUCUCAAUAUACUACGAAGUGGCAAGUUGUUCUAGUGACAUGAAAUAUCGUAUACUGCGCAUGCAUCAUGACUUGGAGGUAUUACCAUCAUUAGAUGUAUCAUUCCAGAUCUCUCCCUGCGCAUCAAGCUUGGAAGAGUACUUUGUGCGUAUGGAUAUUUUGAACAGGACAAAGUCAGAGACUUUCUCCCUCAAUCAGUUGUCAUGUGUUGGCAAUCUAUGGGAAAUAUUAGCAUUGCCAGAAUCGCUUUCUAUGCAACCUGUUCAAACAUUACUUGCUGGUCAGGCAUUGUCAAGCUUCUUUAAGCUUAAGGAUUGUCGAAAAGUUAUAAAUACUGAAGGAGAGGUUACUUUGCAAGGAAGUGACCUACUGAUGAUUUCUCACAGUUGCAAAGAAGCAAUGAUUGAUGAAUCAAGGUCACCUUUGGCUGAAUUUCAUCAGCAUGAAAGAUUUCAUCAGGGAAAGUCAGCGAAGGGAGAUUCAAGCAUUGUUGAUUUCAUCUUGAUCUCAAAGAUGCAGGGAAAUGGUCCUGUCUUUGAGCCAGGAAUGCAACCAAAGUUAUUAUCCUACCAUGCAUGUCAUUGCAGUAUUAGCAGCAGGUGUCCAUUAUCUUGGCAAAUGAAUGGUCCCCGAAUGAUUAAUCAUGAUUUCUCCGGUUCGUUCUGUGAAGCUAACUUUCACUUGAGAAUCCACAGUUGCUCUGAUGCUGCUGUUAUCAUCAGACUGACCACCUAUGAUACAUUGCCCGAGAAAAACCAGUCAAGUGAUGGAGUUAAGCUUUCUGAUUCUGCUGAAAAUGAAGGAGGGUGGCAUGACAUAUCCUUGGUUAAUGACAUGAAAGUUCUCUCCAGCGUCCAUGGGAAUCGACCCAAAAAAUCAUCAGUUGACACUUUAUCACCCUUUGUUUGGUGUGCGAUGAGCUCUACUAAACUAAAGUUGGAACCAUUGUGUACAACUGAAAUUUCCCUUAAGAUCUGUCUAUUUGCAGCUGGUACAUACGAUUUGUCAAACUAUGAAUUGCACUGGGAGGUAAAGCCACUUGAGGAAGGAAUAGCUGGCAUGUCAUCUUCUGGUACGGCUCAUGGGCACCCUUUCUAUCUUACUGUGCUUCAUGCCCCUCGGUGAGGUACACGCUUGGAUGGUAAAAUCGAGCAAGUUGCAAACUCCAGAAGCUGAAGAUUCUUUCUAAUUUCGCCAUUGUAAAUUGUGUCAUGGACAACAGUGGCUGAAUAUGAUGACUGUGGAGUCCAUCUAAAGUUACUCUUAGAAGUUAAAGAAGCCAAAAUUCAGGAAGUUGCAAACUCCGAAAGCUGAAGAUUCUUUCUUUUUUCGCCAUUGUAAAUUGUGUUAUGGACAACAGUUGCCGAAUACGAUGAAUGUAAAGUCCAUCUAAAGUUACUCUUUUUAAGUUAAAGAUGGCAUCAGCUUUACUGUGGUAUUCUGUACUCA